AAAUAUACGAUAUUAUCGACGGGUGCGUUGUGAUGAGCUACCGUAGGGUUGCGGAGAUUAUGUGGACAACCACCGAGAUCCAAGCGCCUUUUUAUUUUUUGUGCACCUUGUCGCGUCCAUCUUGCGCAGGAAGAGUACGUGAAGCCACGAGAGCUACAAGCCUUGAAAGACACAUGGGGAGGAGAGCAGGCCGUGUUGGCGCAACUGCGGAAGCCGUUGCAAGUGGCGUCUGCUGUGACGUUCGCAGUUCGUUCGCCGUCCUUCGAUAAGACUGAACGCAAGAAGCUCAUGGAGCAUGCCCGGGACACGGUGGGGGUGUAUGCGUAUUUGCUAGGGAGGGGAGGCGUGAGGACAACCGUGCACUCUGCUCUGCACUACGUCCAGGCCAUUGAAGACCAUGGCCACAUGCCUGAUGCCAGCACUGGCGAAGCUGCGCACCAAAGGAACAAGAAGGUCAACCAUUCUAACAGCAGCCGCAACGCCGCGGCGCACUACGCGCGCCGGUUCAACAUGGACCUCGCCAUCGAUGCUCUUGCUGAAGAAAUUCCGUGGGAUGUCACCAGAUUCGACCGCAGGUUGAAGAAAUAUGUAGUGGAGACCGUCAAGGCUGGCUCCGGCUGCUCUGCGGUGCUGCGGUAGUUGGGAAAUGUUCUGCCAGGGGGGUUGUCUUCCGCCCCGACGGACGCUCGCGCCGCUAGCACCCCAACGGCUGCUCAACGUGCUGCUCAGUUCCCCGGCGCCGCAACCUGGACAAGCGUGCUGUGGGAGGCCGGGUCGCCUAGGGGUAACGACGCCGGCGGAGGCGGGUGGGAGUCCCGCAUUGCCACGGGCCCUCUUCGUCCCGAUGAAUAGACGUUGAUCGGGGCGUACAACACAUACUUCAGCUGCGGGCGUGCGGAUGGGGGUGCGUUAUGCGAAGAAGCGCGCUGUGCCGACUGCUGGCUGAACUCGUCCACGCUUGACGACGAGGACAUCGUUUGCGCACGGUUCAAGCACGGCGCUCCUCUCCGGGCAAGUAGCGGCCUUGGCCGGUGGAAAGGGGGCGAUGUCAGAGCGUCGACUCGAACGGCACCCGGUGGGCAUUGGUGGCUGGGCGAGGGAUGUGGAGAGGACGUGGAAUUCUUCAAGGAGCAGCCCUUCGACGACGAUGUACAUGAUGGACCCGCUCAGGCGUCGGGCCUUUCGUCGGCACGCAUCCUCUAUUUCUUCGAACACAGCGGGAACACACGCCAAGGAUCCCACGACCGCCCGUUGACAUCGUGGGUGCUGGCGUUCGACUACGUCUCCGACGGUGUUGGGAACCAACGUAGUCCCGACCCCGUUACAUUGCACCCGGUCUUGGUCCUGCGAGGUAGACGGCGCCGGGUGGCGUUCCCUUCAACCGCAAUCAGGCGGCACGUGCACAUGUACCAUCGCUGUCCAGGGCCCGAGCAUCCGCCUGCCGAUCGUGAAUGGAUGUGUGGACCUGGACGAUGUGGUCGGAGCGGACGCCAAGUGUGGCGACACAAGUUCAGGCUGGCGUCGCCGGGAGACAGGCCGUGCGACCGCUUUCUCUUGAAUGAAUUCCACCACAGCAUCAACCGAGAGUCUUUUGUCUAGAACUUUAUCCCAGGUACAGCGCGGUAACCCUGCGGAGAGAGUGUGCGCUUUGCCACUGGAGACCUACAUAUUCGAUGAGGUUGUUGGGGUAGACGAAAUAUCAACACGUUGCGGCGAAUUGGAAAGAGUUAAUAGUCAUGUAUAUGCGCCGGAUACACGCCGACACACGCGGAGAGGAGAUAGGGUUUUCUUGAGCAUUUGGGAUGGAUGGAGUUGAUGGAGCGAUGGGGCGCCGGCGUGCAGCGUGUGGGAUGUGUGCGAGCGCUCGAGGGAGAGGGGGAGAGGGUUGGGCGGGAUCCU